AUAUUGCUUCACAUUUUAUACACAUACACAUUUGUAACAGCUUUCUUCUUCUUCGUUUUCUUGAAGAAGAGGGUGAUGAGAAGUUGUUGAUACAAGGCUUUUAGUUGUCGAUUGUUGUUUUUGAUUGAAGGGUGAGUUUUAGAAGGAGGAAUGAUGACGACCCAGAAUAGGCGUUCGUCAGUUUCGAGUGCGGUGGCGAAGAGGCAAGCAAUGGCGGCUAAUUCAUCGGUGUUGGAGAGUAAUCAUGCCGGAAAAUUGAAUGCUGGAGCGGCCAAGAAAAGACCAGCACUCUCUAAUAUAUCAAAUCAUACAACUGUCUCUGCUCGUAACUCGCUCUCUCAUUCCUCCAAACUCGCACCAUGUACAUCCAAGAUUGUAAGCAUUAAGAAGAACAUUUCUACUUGCAACAGUAAUGCAGUUUCCUCAGGGACUGCUGUUCUGCCAGCAUCCUCCUCUGUCAGACCAAGCAGCAAACCUGUUUCUAUUCAAAGAAGUGAUGCAGUUGUGCCUAAGAUCACUGCCAUUCCUCUUCCUGCCACUUGCAGCAUGGACAUUUCUCCAUCUCACUCAGAUGGAUCAUUAGUCUCCAUGGAUGAAUCUAUGUCAACUUCUGACACAGUGAGAAGUCCGGAGGUCGAAUACAUUGAUGACCACGAAACGGCUGCAGUUGAUUCCAUUGAGAAGAAGGCAUGUAGCACCCUCUACAUCUCAGAACAUGUCAAAGCAGCAGCAGCAGAUAUAUGCAAGAGAGAUGUACUUGUGGACUUGGAAUCAGGUGAUAAAAUUGUCAACAUUGAUAACAAUCUUGUUGACCCACAAUUAUGUGCUACAAUGGCCUGUGACAUAUACAAACACUUGAGAGCCGCUGAGGCAAAGAAAAGGCCUUCCACAGAUUUCAUGGCGAAAGUACAGAAAGACAUCAAUCCUAGCAUGCGUGCUAUCUUAAUUGACUGGCUUGUUGAGGUUGCCGAGGAGUAUAGGCUUGUCCCGGACACACUGCAUUUGACAAUUAACUACAUCGAUCGAUAUCUUUCGGGCAAUUUGAUGGACAGACAACGACUUCAGUUGCUUGGAGUAGCUUGCAUGAUGAUAGCCUCCAAAUAUGAGGAGAUCUGUGCACCUCAAGUAGAAGAGUUCUGCUACAUAACAGACAACACUUACUUCAAGGAGGAGGUGUUGCAAAUGGAGUCUGCUGUUUUAAAUUACUUGAAGUUUGAAAUGACAGCUCCAACAGCCAAAUGUUUUCUGAGGAGGUUUGUUCGCGCUGCUCAAGGACUUAAUGAGGUUCUAUCACUGCAGUUGGAACACUUGGCUAGCUACAUCGCAGAACUCUCUCUUUUAGAAUACAACAUGCUUUGUUAUGCUCCAUCACUCAUUGCUGCUUCUGCAAUUUUCUUGGCCAAAUAUAUUCUUCUCCCUUCAAUGAAACCUUGGAACUCUACCUUGAAGCAUUAUACUCUGUACCAACCCUCUGAUUUACGUGACUGUGUCAUGGCACUACAUAGCCUUUGCUGCAACAAUAACAAUUCUAGCUUACCAGCAGUCAGGGAAAAAUACAGCCAACACAAGUACAAAUUUGUUGCAAAGAAGUAUUGCCCUCCAACUGUACCUGUAGAGUUCUUCCAGAACAUAAGCAGCUAAGCAGGGAGAUAUGAGAAGGGGGAUCAACUUCAAUUUUCCAAUUGUCUGUUGGAUUAAUUCAUGGCAUUUCAACGGGAAGGAGUGCAAUAUUAUAGUCAUUAACUUGUAAUGUCCAUGAAGGAGCGUCAUUCUUGAUUCUUCUCUCCUUGCGUAGAGUUAGCAGAGCAUCUUUGUUUGUAGUCAUUAACAUUGACAUUGCAGGAUUAGUCUUGUACUCAAGUGUCCUUCUCUAGUUUAGUUACUCUCAAGUCAGUUUGUGUACAGAAGAAGAGCAAGCUAUUGGCUGUUUCAUUAACUCAGAAACUAUUCAGUAAUAAUAUCUUUGGGGAACUAUUGCAGUUUGUGCCAACCGAUCAAA